AUGUCUCUUCCUUUCUGUACUCAGGUUCUAAUCCCGUCUCUUUAGUACAUGCUUUUUAUUUAUACUUUAACGAGGGGUUUUUGGCUAAAUUGCAAAAGGGUAUUUUACUCAUUAUCCACGUGAGCUGAUAGUAUGAGAUCUCCCAAUUACGAAUAAAUACGAAUGUUACUGAUCCUAUUCUCAACCUAAUGGUUGAGUGCACUCGCAUGAAAUUCUUGAUUGGUGCUAGUAUUGCUAACUUGCUAUGUCAUUGCCAAAGUCUAUUAUAUAAUUAUUUUGUUUGAAUCAUUGAAAAUAGUAAGUUAGAAAAUAACAGACAUGAUCAAACACGAUCGUGUAAGAAUCUAAACUGGUGUAUAUAUUGCUUGAAUAACCAUAUAUAUAUGUUUAUCAUUUUCUGAAAGAAAAGAUAGAAUCAAUGGCAGUUUCGAGAAUCCCAUAAAUAAUCAGGGUCCAACAGGUGAAAAAGAGACUGUUGUGGACCAAAACCUGAAAACCCAAAACGUAAAUACUCCCCCAGUUCCAAACUCACUGGAGCCGUGUGGAUUGCAAUUCAGAGCAACAAGAGCAGCAAGCAAAAGUUUCUAGUCGCAGCCCAAAACGAAUCUUGAAAAUGGCAGAAGCUGCAAAAAAACCCAGUGGGUCAGCAACAGAAAAUCAUCGUACCCAACAAACACGGUGAAAAGCUUGUGGGAUUGUUACACGAAACCGGUUCCGCGGACCUCGUAAUCUUAUGUCAUGGAUUCCGAGACACCAAGGUUCGCUCCUCACUGAUUCCCUACCCCCUAACAACUAACUAUCUAACCCACUAAUGCUAUCGCUCUACUGAAAGAAAAGGAAUAGUACAUCGUUCGUGGAAAAUUGUAAUGCUUGGUUGGCAUCUUGGAAUCGUUGUGGGCAAAGUUCACAGCAUGUGUCUCUUGAUUUCCAGGAAAACUAUAUUAUGGUGAACCUUGCUGUUGCACUGGAAAAUGAAGGGAUCAGUUCCUUCCGUUUUGACUUUGCCGGAAAUGGGGAAAGUGAAGGCACCUUUCAGUUUGGUAACUAUCGGAGAGAGGCGGAUGACUUGCACUCUGUGGUCGAGUACUUCUCUGGGGCAAAACGUGCACCCAGUGCAAUUGUUGGACACAGUGAAGUAUUGCUGAAAAUUGUUACUACAGGAGGCGAUGCUGUGCUCCUGUAUGCUUCUACGUAUCAUGACAUUCGUACGGUUGUCAAUGUUUGUGGACGUUAUGAUCUGAAGAAGGGCAUCGAAGAAUGCUUGGGGAAAGACUUUAUGGAAGUAAUCAAGAAGGAAGGGUUCAUUGAUGUUAAGAAUAAGUCAGGAGAUGGUAAUUAUCGUGUGACCGAGGAGAGUAUGAUGGAUCGCCUAAGUACUGAUAUGCAUGAAUCAUGCCUUCAGAUUGACAAAGAAUGCCGGGUGGUGACAAUCCAUGGAACUGCCAACGAGGUCAUCCCUGUUGAAGAUGCAUUAGAGUUUGCCAAGAUAAUACCUAACCACAAAUUACAUCUUAUAGAAGGCGCUAAUCAUUCGUACACCUCGCAUCAAGCCGAGUUAGCAUCGCUCGUCGUGGACUUCAUCAAGGCAGCUCUGCAGCAGGACAAGGCUACUUCAAACUAGACACUGCCAAUCAGCAUAUAAAUUUCUCUCGUGUUGCACCCGUUGACGACUCAGCCGGGUGGAGUCCUUAUCUUGAAUUUUGAUGUAGCUUGGUACAUACAUGCUUUGCCACAAGUUUGUGCUUACUAAUCGAAAUCUCAUCUUGUCGAUGGUCAAUUGUGCGCGAA